UAGAUCAAGUGGGAUAUGGACUCUACCGCAAAUGCGAUGGCUGGUUUGCUCAUUGGAAGUGAGAGCGAUCAGCAAAAUAGCAGCUGUGCAGAAGUUCUGUGGUUUGAGAUUUUCAAAAGAUGUGACAAUGCCACAUUGCUACUAGCUGAACUGACUUGCCAGCUCUUCCAUCGGAUUUUGAGGACACCUAAGUUUUGGAUUGAAAAAUGUAAAUAUGACGGAGUUGCUCUGCCUUCUGUUAGCUGGAGGAAGUAUGUACAUAAAGAGGCAGACAAUACAUUAUAUAAUCCCUAUGACACUGAAACGCUAUCAAAAGCAUAUGCUUUUGAUUAUAAAAGAAUCUGCAUUGGUCAACCCUUCAAUCGCAAUCUCGCUAUCACAAUAAACAGCUCCUGUACCUUGAAAUAUCUAAAACAAAAAGGGAUGAAAUUCAGAAGCGGUGGCGAUGGGAUAAUAUUAGAGCAUCCUCCACAAGGCAUUGACCCAGAUGAGAUUUCCGUCUGUUUUGCGACCAGUUACGAGUGGUGCAGUCGGUAUUUCGAAAUUGAGCUGGACAAAGCAGGUGUACAGGAUUGGGUCAUGGACUUGGUUCGACCUGAAAUCACUAUCUGCGAACGUUGCAUCUGCAGGAGAGACUGUGGAGCGGUUUACAUGCUUGAAGCCAAACUUUUGAAACUCGACGAAAAGCUUGAUGAUAGACCGGAAGACAGUGAUGACAGUGAAGACAGUGCUGCCGACGAUUCUGAUGCAGUGGAAGCUAGAAAACAGAAAAAUGAUCCUACGCGCUACCGUUGUGCUCAACGUAGAUGGGAGGAGUUGGAAGGAGGAAAGUCGUGGGAGCUCAUGGAGUUUGUCUUCAAAGAUUAUCCGAUUGGUAUGAGAAAGUUAGGCGUUCUCAGUCAAGGAAAGGACACACACUAUUGGGCUGGACAUUACGGCUGCAAAUUUGGAGCUACGGAAGUGCAUAUUAAGUUGCCGAACACCCCAGGACUAAUCAAUCUGCAAGAAGAUUCGUAAUACAGAGUGGUUGUUUAGAAACAAAUUUAUGUAAUCAAAGUAAAUUCCAAGGUCUACUGAGACUUUUGGUGUUGCUGCACAUAAGCGUGUCAGUUUCUGUUUCGUCAAGAAUAAGACUCAAAACAGG